AGCGCCGCCCAAGCACACCCCCGACUCAGGAGGUGGAGAUCCCCAGGGUCCAGCCAAAUCCAACAUCCGUUUUCUCCUCCCUCUGGCCCUAUAGACUUGACACCCCUCCUUUCUUUCUCCCUCCUCCCUAGGACGGGGGAGGAGAAAAGGGGAGUCCAGGUCGUCAUGACUGAGCUGAAGGCAAAGGAACCCAGAGCUCCCCACGUGGCGGGCAGCGUGCCCUCCUCCGGCGAGGUCGGAUCCCCCCUGGUGGGCCACCCGGACGCAGGCCCCUUCCAGGGGAGCCAGACCUCGGAUGCCCUGCCAGUAGUCUCAGCAGUGUCCCUCUCCCUGGACGGGCUGGUCUUCUCUCGGCCCUGCCAGGGACAAGACUCCCCAAACGGAAAGACCCAGGACCACCAGCCGCUGUCGGACGUGGAGGGCUUAUACUCUGGAGUUGAAACCACAAGGGGUGUAGGAGGCGGCAGUUCUAGACUUCCAGAGAAGGACAGGGGGCUGCUGGACAGUGUCUUGGACACUCUUCUGGAGCCCUCGGGUCCGGGGCAGAGCCACGCCAGCCCUCUCGCCUGUGAGGCCACCGGCUCUUGGUGCCUGUUUGGCCCCCACCUCCCCGAGAACCCUCGGGCUGUCCCUGUCACUCAGGGAGUGUCGGCUCCGCUCAUGAACCGGCCAGGAGGGAAGGCUGGAGACGGCUCUGGGCGGCCGGCUGCCCAUAAGGUGCCGCCCCGGGGCCUGUCACCGUCCGGGCAGCUGCUGCUCCCGACAGCAGGGAGCCCUCUUUGGCCCGGGGCCCCCGCGAAGCCGUCUCCACAGCCAGCUGUGCUGGACAUGGUGGAGGAGGAGGAGGGCUCCGAGUCCGAGGACUCCGAGGGUCCGCUCCUCAAGGACAAACCUCGGGUGGCCGCAGGAGCAUCAGCAGCCGCGGUCCCCGGCGCGGCCACAGGAAGCCUCGCCCUGGCCCCCAAGGAAGACUCCCGCUUCUCCGCAUCCAGGGCCGCCCUGACGGAGCACGACGCCCCCGCGGCGCCGGGGCGCUCCCCGCUGGCCACCACGGUGAUGGACUUCAUCCACGUGCCCAUCCUGCCUCUCAACCAUGCCUUCCUGGCCGCGCGCACCCGGCAGCUGCUGGAGGGGGAGAGCUACGACGGCGGGGCCGCGGCCGCCGCUGCCUUCGCCCCACCUCGGGGCUCGCCCUCCGCCUCGUCCACCCCGGUCGCCGCCAGCGACUUCCCCGACUGCGCGUACCCGCCGGACGCGGAGCCCAAAGACGACACGUUCCCGCUCUACGGCGACUUCCAGCCCCCCACCCUGAAGAUCAAGGAGGAGGAGGAAGGUGCGGAGGCCGCCGCGCGCUCCCCGCGCCCCUACCUGGUGGCCGGCGCCGGCGCCUCCGCCUUCCCGGACUUCCCGCUGCCGCCGCCGCCGCCCGCGCUGCCGCCGAGAGCGCCGCCCUCCAGGUCCGGGGACGCGGUGGCGGCCGCCCCCGCCGGUGCCUCGGUCUCCUCCGCGUCCCCGUCGGGCUCGGCCCUGGAGUGCAUCCUGUACAAAGCCGAGGGCGCGCCGGCCCCGCAGGGCCCGUUCGCGCCGCAGCCCUGCAAGGCUCCGGGCGCCGGCUCCUGCCUGCUGGCGCGGGACGGCCUGGCCUCCACCUCGGCCUCCGCCGCGGGGGCGCCGCCCGCGCUCUACCCGCCCCUCGGCCUCAACGGGCUCCCGCAGCUCGGCUACCAGGCCGCCGUGCUCAAGGAGGGCCUGCAGCCGGUCUACCCGCCCUAUCUCAACUACCUGAGGCCCGAUUCAGAAGCCAGCCAGAGCCCACAGUACAGCUUCGAGUCCUUACCUCAGAAGAUUUGUUUAAUCUGUGGGGAUGAAGCUUCAGGCUGUCAUUAUGGUGUCCUUACCUGUGGGAGCUGUAAGGUCUUCUUUAAAAGGGCAAUGGAAGGACAGCAUAACUACUUAUGUGCCGGAAGAAAUGACUGCAUUGUCGACAAAAUCCGCAGAAAAAACUGCCCAGCAUGUCGCCUUAGGAAGUGCUGCCAGGCUGGCAUGGUUCUCGGAGGUCGCAAGUUUAAAAAGUUCAAUAAAGUCAGAGUUAUGAGAUCACUAGAUGCUGUUGCUCUCCAACAGCCAGUGGGCCUUGCCAGUGAAAGCCAAGCCCUGACCCAGAGGAUCACUUUCUCACCAAAUCAAGAAUUACAGUUGAUCCCAACACUGAUCAACCUAUUAAUGAGCAUUGAGCCGGAUGUGAUCUAUGCAGGACAUGACAACACAAAGCCAGACACUUCCAGUUCUUUGCUGACAAGUCUUAAUCAACUAGGCGAGAGGCAACUUCUUUCAGUAGUCAAGUGGUCUAAGUCAUUGCCAGGUUUCCGAAACUUACAUAUUGACGACCAGAUAACUCUCAUCCAGUACUCCUGGAUGAGCCUGAUGGUGUUCGGGCUGGGGUGGAGGUCCUACAAGAACGCCAGCGGGCAGAUGCUGUAUUUUGCACCUGAUCUAAUACUAAAUGAACAGCGGAUGAAAGAAUCAUCAUUCUAUUCGUUGUGCCUUACCAUGUGGCAGAUCCCACAGGAGUUCGUCAAGCUGCAAGUGAGCCAGGAGGAGUUCCUCUGUAUGAAAGUCCUGCUGCUUCUUAAUACAAUUCCCUUGGAAGGACUAAGGAGUCAAAAUCAGUUUGAAGAGAUGAGGUCAAGCUACAUUAGAGAGCUCAUCAAGGCAAUCGGUUUGAGGCAAAAAGGAGUCGUGUCUAGCUCACAGCGUUUCUAUCAACUUACAAAGCUUCUUGAUAACUUGCAUGAUCUUGUCAAACAGCUUCACCUUUACUGCCUGAACACCUUCAUCCAGUCCCGGGCACUGAGCGUCGAGUUUCCAGAAAUGAUGUCUGAAGUUAUUGCUGCACAGUUACCCAAGAUCUUGGCAGGGAUGGUGAAACCUCUUCUCUUUCAUAAAAAGUGAAUGUCUUUUUUUUCUUUAAAAAAAUUAAAUUUUCUG